AUGGCGGACACACAAGAUAAACAGGUCAUCACCAAAGCUCGCAAUUCCCACAUCUCAAUGAUGUAUGUCAUUGCGAGGACAAUAAACCUAAGUCAUUCUAUUUAUUUUGUCCGAGAAGACAUUGGCUCCCCUGCAAGAAUUAUCUUUGCUCUAAAGCCAGUCCUCAACUCCUCACGAGCUGAUCCUCUGCAGGUGCAGCUAGAUGGACUAAUCGGCUCAUCAGUCAUUCAGUCCACCUCCCUGAAGGAGCCCCAGGAAGUAGACGAGGUCGCCGCCCGCGAAGAAGACGAUGCUCGCGGGGCCGAAGAUAUUGCUGAAGAGGAAUCCUGCGCCGGCGGCGAGGAGGAGGCAGAAGACGACGGCGUACAUGUAGUGGCCGACGAUGGUGACCGCGAGUGCGAGGUGGGCGAGGGCGCUGUAGUUGCAGAUGACCAGCAAACGCGAAUGAGAGAGAGAGAACACGAGGUGGAAGACAGUGGUUUGCGCUGCGUAACAAACUUGCAGCUUUUCUGUUUCUGUUCUUAUUUAUCUGAACCCCGUUGGAGUUCCUGA